AUGGCGAACCGUGCUGGUGCGUCUGCUAGACGCGUUCCUGAAACUGAAGCCACAAUUACAUACGUACAAUGUGAUGGAUUGGCGGUGAUGAAAAUCGUGAAACACUGUCAUGAAGAGUCAUGCAGCAAUAUGGAAGUGGCUCAGGGAGCCUUACUAGGGCUGGUUGUAGAGAACCGUCUUGAGAUCACCAACUGUUUUCCAUUCCCAAAACAUGAUGACACCAUGGAUGAGGAAGAAUAUCAAUUGGACAUGAUGAGGAGACUCCGUCGUGUCAAUGUUGAUCACUUUCAUGUUGGAUGGUACCAGAGUGCAGAUGUAGGCAACUUCCUCAGCCAGUCGCUCUUGGAGUCUCAGUAUCACUAUCAGACAUCCAUUGAAGAGAGUGUUGUGGUUAUUUAUGACACCAAGAAGUCUGCCAGAGGAUUUUUGACACUAAAGGCAUAUCGAUUGACUCCUCAGGCUAUUGCCAUGUACAAAGAAGGUGAUUACACACCAGAGGCUCUUCGUAAUCUAAAAAUUGGGUAUGAGAGUUUGUUUAUUGAAGUGCCAAUUGUAAUCCGCAAUUCUCCACUCACCAACAUCAUGAUGUCAGAGUUAUCUGAAAUGAUCCCUGAAGAGGAGGGCUCUAAAUUCCUUGAUUUGGGAACUGCAUCAGUAUUGGAAGGCCAACUCCGCAGCCUCAUGGAGCGAGUUGACGAGCUCAACCAAGAAGCUAUCAAGUUUAACAGAUAUCAGCAAUUGGUUGUUCGCCAACAACAGGAUAAGCACCGCUGGUUGGUAAAGAGGGCACAAGAGAAUGCAGCUCGAGUGGCCAAGGAUGAACCACCACUGCCUGAAGAGGAUGUCAACAAACUGUUCAAGCCCCACCCAGUCCCGCCCAGGCUCAACCCUAUGAUUGUCGCUGGUCAAAUAAACACGUACAGCCAACAUAUAAGCCAGUUUUGUUCUCAAAGCCUUGCCAAAUUGUAUUUGACACAAGCGCUUCAGAAUGCGAAGGAGUCCAAGCAAAAUCAGUAG